AUUUAUAUAUAUUGUUUUCUCUCUGUAAGGUGGUUGGUUGAUUUAUUAUCCAUUGAUUGGGAAGGCUGUGAGUUUUUUCGUUGUGUUGAAAUGGGAUUGGUCAAAGAGUGUAUGCUGUGUCUAUAUAAGAAGGAAGAAAGAGAGAUGUAAGCUCAGACAAGGAAGAGAGAAAAGAUUUUCAAAAAUGGAACCUCUUAUUUCAGGAAAAUCAGCUGCUCAUGGAGCUUUUGUCGUCAAAGAAGAGAUCAAGAGAGUUGAAUCUGAUGGCGAUCAUGAUGAUCUUCAGUAUCAUUCUUCCAAGAUAGGAAAUGAAAGAGCAGUAUGGGGAGAGAAUGAUGACACAAAACGAUCUUCACCUAAACAAGAUCUUAGUUGUGAGAAGCAACAACAGAUACCGCGGACGACAACAGAUCACGUAGAAAGGUCCUCGACCUCGAUUGAACCAGACUCAAUGGCUGCUUCUGCUUCAAUAAUACCAAAUAAGGAACAGGAUGAUCAGCUUGAAUCUACCAGAGUUGAAUUGGGAGAAGUUAGAGAAGAAAAUCAAAGGCUGAAAAUAUAUUUGAGUCAAAUAAUGAAGGACUACCAAACUCUUCAAAUGCAAUUCAACAAGCUUGAUCAUUUUCAACAAGAAGCAGCUAAGAGAUCUACUCAUAAUAAUGAGAAUAAUUACCAAGAAAUCGAAGAAAGUGAUCUUAUCUCCCUUAGUCUUGGAAGUUUCUGUAAUCCCAAAAGUAAUAACUACAUCAAGGAGGAGAAAAAUAAAAAUAUUUCCGAAGUUGGUGACCAUGACCAUGAAGAAGGCCUUUCUCUGGGAUUGGAGUACAAUAAAUAUCAUGAUCAAGGAUCAAAGUCAGUUGGUACAGAAACUGAUCAAGGAGAACCCGUGGUGUCGAACCCUAGCGCCGGAAGCAGCUUUGAGGAGUCACUGAACAAGGAAGAAGCCGGCGAAACAUGGCCACCCAGCAAGGUUUUGAAAACGGCGAUGAAGAGAAGCGUUGAAGAUGAGGUUUCACAGCAAAAUCCUGUUAAGAAAGCUAGGGUUUGCGUAAGAAUUCGAUGUGAUACCCCUACGAUGAACGAUGGAUGUCAAUGGAGGAAGUAUGGUCAAAAGAUUGCGAAAGGCAACCCUUGCCCUAGAGCAUACUAUCGUUGCACAGUUGCGCCUUCAUGUCCAGUACGAAAACAGGUACAAAGAUGUGCGGAUGACAUGUCCAUCUUAAUCACCACCUACGAAGGAACUCACAACCACCCACUUCCGGUCUCCGCCACAGCAAUGGCUUCCACCACUUCUGCCGCAGCCUCAAUGCUGCUCGCCGGCUCAACAAGCUCCUCAAACCCGGGCGCCAGCGGUGGCCAACACCCUUCGGCGACCACUACAGCCGCCGAGCUCCACCGGUUCAGUACUUUGGACAGCUCAAAAUGGAACAACAAACAAACUACUUUCUACUUACCCAACUCCUCUACAACCUCCUACUCCUCUUACUCAUCUUCUCACCCAACUAUCACUCUUGACCUCACUUCCUCCAAUUCCUCUCCUCUUCUCAAUAAAUUUUCAACUACAACAACACCAUCACCAAACUAUCCUCAUCACCACCAUUCUGUGUACCCUUCAUCAUCAAGUCUCAGCUUUGGUACACCUUCUAAUAAUAAUAUCAAUUCGUCGGAUCAAUAUUCCAACUCUUCCAAUUUGUCAUGGAUUAACAACAAUGGCUUCCUUAGUUAUGGGACUUCUCAAGUACCUUACAACACGAGGAACCAAUUAGUUGGAACCCUAGCUCCUGGAAAACUCAACCUUAGUAAUAGUCAUAGUAGUACUACUAGUGCUACUCAUGUUCAAAACUACAUGCAGAAAAAUAGCCCAGCUACUACUACUACUUCAACGGAUCAUAGUAGUACUAUUGCUGCUGCAACCAAGGCCAUCACGGCGGACCCCGCUUUCCAAUCGGCUUUGGCUGCCGCGCUUACUUCGAUUAUCAGCGGUGCCGGCGGCGGUGGCGGAGAUAACAAUAACAAUAACAUUGAUUUGGCUCAGAAAUUCACGUGGGGUAGUGGCACUUCUAGUACUGAUCAACAUCAACAACAACAACAACUACAAAGUAGUACUAGUGUACCGAAAGGACUUAAUGCUGGAAACUCGAUGUUCUUAUCACCAAAUUCGCUGUCGUUUUCGGCAUCUAAGAGUACUACUACUGCUUCUGCAUCUCCGCAUAGUGAUCAUCACACCAGAGAGCAGACCAGUUAAUUCAUUAGAAUUACGUUUUUGUUAAGUUACAUAAUUGUUAAUUAUUUGUUAUAUAUAUUUUGCUGAGUCUUAUUUUUUAUAUAUUGGUUUCUUUUUCCAUUUUGUCUGUAUAUUAAGAAAUUUGUUCAUUCGACAGCUAGAAAAGAAUAACUAGCUAUAGAGGAAACAUAUUAUUUAACUAGUAUGACUUUUCCAA